UUAACUCUGUCAAAAUCAGCGGCCGUUUUUUGAUUGGGAUUUAAACCCCAAGCCAGAGUCCUCUUUUUGCACUAACCCCGGGCUUCAGAGCAAAGAUGAGCUGCAGGAAGCGUUGCAAGAGGGAGAUCUUCAAAUUUGCCCAGUACCUGUUCAGACUCAUCACUGGCACUCUCAACACAGACAGCGUUGAGGAUGAGCUCGAGCUGUCUGCGGUCCGCCAUCGUCCGGAGGGUCUGGAACAACUGGAGGCCCAAACGCGAUUCUCCCGCAAAGAGCUGCAGAUCCUUUACCGUGGCUUCAAGAAUGAAUGCCCCAGCGGAGUGGUCAAUGAGGAGACCUUUAAAGACAUCUACUCGCAGUUCUUCCCACAAGGAGACGCAUCGACGUAUGCCCAUUUCCUGUUCAACGCGUUCGACACGGACCAUAAUGGAUCUGUGAGUUUUGAGGACUUUGUCAUGGGCCUUUCUAUCCUCCUUCGAGGCAGUGUACAGGAAAAGCUCAACUGGGCUUUUAACCUGUAUGAUAUCAACAAAGAUGGAUAUAUCACUAAAGAGGAAAUGCUGGACAUCAUGAAGGCCAUCUACGACAUGAUGGGGAAGUGCACAUACCCUGCUCUGAAAGAGGAGACGCCUCGUCAGCAUGUGGAUGUAUUUUUUCAGAAGAUGGAUAAGAAUAAGGAUGGCGUGGUAACCAUAGAUGAGUUUAUUGACUGCUGCCAAAAUGAUGAAAAUAUCAUGCGAUCAAUGCACCUCUUUGAAAACGUUAUUUAACUCUUGGCCGACCUUGAACGAUUUGGAGAAAGACUGCCGUCACCUUUAGCUUGGCGGGAUACGGG